CCUGUCAAUCUUCAGGAUGCAACCCAGCCCUCGGACUAGUUCCGGACCGAAUCAUCUUGUCACCCCGGGCAAGCGCAGACUCCAAGCAUGCGAGAGAUGCGCUAAACGGAAACAGAAGUGUGAUCGACUGCUACCGGUUUGUACCAGCUGUCGAGAGGCGAACGCACAAUGCGAAUCGCGGCAGUUGUCAAUCAGCUGCACGGCAGAGGAAGCCAGUGGCAUCUCCCACGCUGCUAUGUCCAAAAAAGCGCAAGUGCUUCACAGUAAUGGUCGCAGCCAGCGUGCUUGCCUACGUGCCGCAGCACCGGUUCCUGCGCCCCCUGGGUCGACUUCCAGGACUCACGAUGUCAGCCCAGAAAGCUCUACUGACUCUCCAGUGACCAACCCUACUCCUGCGACCCAGCAGUCGGUGCAAGCAACCAUGGGAGAUAUUGACUUCCUCUCCCGGAACGCCAUGGCCGAGCCACGCAACGAGACGCAUGGAUUCCCUCCGCAGCUGGGCGUGGCAAGCAUGGUCCGAGCGGCGCUUGAGAUUCCAGGAGGUAAUCCAUCCCAUUUUGUAGGCUUGGGUGCAGGACAAUGUGCUCUACCAGCUGUGGGUGCGGCCAGCAGAAUCACCAAGGAAGUCGCCGAAUCUUGCCUUCGAAACUUGCUCCAAGGGAGCCAGCGCAUUUAUCUUCCCCUCGAUGAGCCCACCCUAAAACAGUGUGUGGUCACGACCUUUAGUGGCGAGGUUCAAUGCCAGAUCGGAGGCAGCAGCUCCGCAGAGUUCCACCUCCGAAUCUUCCGAGCCUGCAUGGCCGUUGCCCUGGGCAUGCUGCUGUCCGGAGAUCACGACUCCAGGGUUUUCGCCAAUGACUUACACAGCCUGGCCACGGAGCAUCUUCCUGCCGUUCUGCAGAGUACUGACGGCCUGAAAGUGGUCGAAUGUCUGCUGUUGCUUAUUCACUUCUCCAUCCUCCACCCUCGGGGAGGCUCCACCUGGCAUCUAAUUGGGCUUGCCAUGAAGAAGUGCAUCGCAUUGAAGCUUCACAAAGAGCCACAGCCGGAGAUGAAUCUGACUGAAGCAGAGGUACUCGAAAGGAAACGCAUAUUCUGGAGUCUCUAUGUAGUUGAUCGAGCUAUCAGCUGCGUCAUGGAUCGACCAUUCAGUAUCGAGGAUGAGGACAUCACUCUUAAGAAUCCGCUUGUCCCAAAGGCAACCGAGUCACCGGGAGGUGAUACACAACAUCACGUUCUCAUGCACGCUAGGCUCAUGUCAAGCAUCUGCACACUAACCUCCCAGUCUGCUUCCUUCCAUCAUCACAAUCUGCGUCAUUGGCGAGACGUAGCUCUCCACAACCAGGGUCCAUCGUCACAAGACGCAGACCCUACUGCACAGCUCACGUGCCGGGGGUUUGUACAGAUCUCAAAAGUUGCAGGAACAGCGCCAGCUCCUCGUAGGACUAUAGUUCGAAGUGACCAGGGGUUUGAGGAGGAUGUAGCGAAUAGUUGCCGGCAGUAUAUCGACCAAGAGUUCAAUAGCUCCCAACAAGGGUGCUUCACAGGGUCGUUCUUGGAUGGGUACGAUCUGUUCGCCGCAGGAGUGCUCCUCGUCUGUCAGCCAAAUUCUCCUUUGGGUGGAGAGACAAGCUUCAUUGGCAAAUGCACUGCUUUGCUGACGUUAAUUGGGGAGAGAUUUACUUGUUUCAGAACGAUGUGCAGGCUGCUGUGGGACCUAUCCGGUGUCGCCCUACAUGGAGGAAAGACAUUGGUGAGUCUGUGGCAGGUCUGCGGUGUGACAAACACUAAUCCGCGUGUGCGCAGACAAUUGAAGAGCUCCCAGAAGACUUGCCAGACGGACUGUACCAUCUGGUUGACCGGUUCCUGCAGAGAAUGA